AUGAUUUAUAACUACACCAUUAAGCCUGAACCUUCAAGAUGUGUAGGGAGCCUUAUAUCCAGAGAACUACGUUUUUCUCGAACUAUGGUCUUUGCCAUUGAGGAGAUUAACAACAGCACAGAGCUGCUGCCGGGCAUCAAACUCGGAUAUCAGAUCUAUGACUCGUGUGGUUCAGUACCCAUGGCUGUUGAUGUGGCAUUUCAACUGACAAAUGGUCAGGAUCCUGUGUUUUACAAAGGCAGCAAUUGUUCCCAGUCUGGUGUGGUGAUGGCUGCUGUUGGAGAUGCUCCAUCCUCGCCAACAAUCAGCAUAUCCCGCAUUAUUGGGCCUUUCAAUAUCCCUCUGGUGAGUUACUAUGCAACUUGUGCCUGCCUGUCAGAUAAGCAGCAGCACCCCACUUUUUUCAGAACAGUCCCAAGUGAUCAGUUCCAAGCUGAUGCACUGGUCAAACUGGUGAAACACUUUGGUUGGACUUGGAUCGGUGCUGUGUACUCAGACUCGGAUUAUGGAAAUUAUGGCAUGGCAUCUUUUCGUGAUGCAGCUCAAAAAGAAGGGAUCUGUUUGGAGUACUCUGAAGCCUUUUUUUGGACUGACACACAUAGCAAGAUCCAGAAAGUAGCUGACAUUAUCCGAAGGUCAACAGCAACUGUUGUUGUAGUUUUUACAGCCUCUGCAGACAUCAGGGUGCUGUUCGAGGAGCUGGCUCAGGAUCCCCCACCACCUCGUCAGUGGAUAGGAAGUGAGGCUUGGAUUACUGACCCACACUUUUCAAAAUUCAGUUUCUUUGCAGGAGCCAUUGGAGUUGCCAUUCAGAAAUCUGUCAUACCAGGACUGAGAGACUUCCUGCUGGAUUUGUCUCCCCCUAAAGUAGCUGCCUCUGCAGUGCUUACUGAGUUAUGGGAGGAUUCAUUCAAUUGUACACUGACAAAAAGAGCUGAUGUGGACAAAAAAGUUUGCGAUGGAGCUGAAGAUAUAAAACUUGUGAAAAAUGCGUACACUGACACAUCUCAAUUGCGGAAUUCUAACAUGGUGUACAAGGCUGUUUAUGCAAUAGCUCAUGCGAUACAAAACGUAGUCUGUGAGAAAAGUAAUCUCACCAUUCAAUGUGACAAAAAUUUCCGACUGGAGUCCAAACAGGUGUUAUCUGAGAUAAAAUUAGUCAACUUUUCCAAAAAUGGUUAUCCUGUAUCAUUUGAUGCUAAUGGWGAUCCUGUGGCUUUUUAUGAGCUGAUCAACUGGCAGAAGAGUAAAAGUGGAGUUACUGAGUUGGUAACAAUAGGAUACUAUGAUGGAUCACUGCCAAAAGGCCAGGAGUUUCGKAUCAACAGGAACAUAACCUGGGUGGAGGGUGGUACACAAGUUCCAGUGUCAGUGUGCUCUGAGAGUUGUCCUCCAGGAACUCGUAAAGUGUUGCAGAAAGGAAAACCCAUCUGCUGCUAUGAUUGUAUACCAUGUCCUGAAGGAGAGAUCAGUAACACAACAGGUUCUCUCGAAUGCCUCCAAUGUCCCGGGGAAUACUGGCCAAAUGCAGAAAGGGAUGCUUGUUUCCCCAAACCUGUAGAAUUUCUGUCAUUUGGUGAAAUCCUGGCAAUCAUCCUGGCUGUAUUUUCUGUUUUUGGAGCCUGUCUGGCCAUCAUAACAGCAGCUGUUUUCUUUUGUCACAGAACAACUCCAAUUGUCAGAGCCAACAACUCUGAGCUGAGCUUCCUGCUGCUCUUCUCUCUGACUCUGUGUUUCUUAUGUUCAUUAACUUUCAUCGGAGCUCCCUCUGAGUGGUCCUGCAUGCUGAGACACACAGCAUUUGGUAUCACCUUUGUUCUCUGUAUCUCCUGUGUUCUUGGCAAAACUGUAGUGGUUUUAAUGGCCUUUAAAACAAAAGUUCAAGCUUGA